UGGCAGACCAAACCUUCCUCGACGCUUCACGGACCCGCACAUCGCCUCCCUGGUCCCUGCAAGAAGCCCGACUCCUCCACCUCCCCGUCUGCUCGCCUGCCUGUCCCCGCCGCUCGCCGCCCCGCCCCGUCGCCCGCCACGCUCACACACCCGCUAGCAUCCACGCCGCCUGGUCAGCUCCUCGUCGCGCUCCACGCACUCUCGACUCUCAGCUCGACUCAGCAACCCAACCAGCAUCAGUAAGAUGGCGCGGUCCGGCACAGUUCUGGUGGUGGUGGCGCUGGUGGUGGUGAUGGCGGCGGCACUCUGCCAGGCGCGUUACCUUCCCACCAGGGGAGACGACUCCCGCCUUGAGGAGAUCAAGGACCUGCUCAGGGAGAUCCUGGAGAGGACAGCUGAAGGCGGCCUGAGCAGCAGCAGCAACAAUGGCGUCAGGAUGCCCUACGACAAGCGAUUCCUCUUCAAGCGGGCAGCAGCAGCAGUAGCCCCCGCAGGUGGCGCCGAAGAGGUGGUCGAGCCCCUCCUCAACCUCCCACAGUAACUCCCACGCCCCCCCUCCCCCUCUCCUCCUCCUCCUCCCCUCCCUUCCCCCUCCUCCCCUCCCCUCAUAUACCCAUCCAUCCACUCCUAUGUCGGUGGUGAGGGAGAAUAAACACGUUACAUUCCAUCCUAAACUAAACUAACCACAUAUUCCACUUCUUUCUCCAUUUUCCUUUCUCCUUCCUUACACUAUUCUUCUUCCCUCCAUCCCCUAGCCUCUGUCCAUGCUUCCUCCUUUUUUUAGCAGUGAGAUACGAGGAAAACGUCAUAUUCCACCCUGCCUGCUAGAGAUACAGCGCCCUGUCCCCUUCUUUUCUAUUCCCCUUUAUCUUCGUGCCCUUCGAGAGCCAUUCACUCCUCCUUCUCCUCUCCUAUGCUAGUAAAGGGAACACAUGCAGCGGUGGUUUUGAUUUAAUGGCAAACAUAUUUAAAUCAAGUGAUGUAAAUUGAGUUAUAUCAGGGUGAAGGAGAUGGUUUAAAGUACAAUUUUUUAUACGGAACUGAAAUACAGGAAGAGGAUGAAGAAUGUGUGAGGGUAGAGUAAUGCUGAGACGCACCAAGCUUGUAUGUUUGUCCCGCAGUCUUUAGUUUUGCUGGUCCUCUAUUGAGUGAGGCGCCGGUCAGCCAUAGCCAAAGAACGGACAAAGAAGAAUGAACUGAAGGCUUUUUCUUUGUAACGGGUAAUGUGAUCGUGUUGAUACUUGCGCUAAAUUCUUCUUUGGCGACACGAUUCGAGUGGUGAUUCAGACCCGAUGAAGUAUUAGUAACUAACCCUCUCCCAAUCUAAUCCAAGGAGUGCUGGCGCCUGUGGUAAAUUUCUCAGUCACGCAACGACUCUAAAUUUUUUGUUUGUUUGUUUGUUAAAGAUAAUACUGCAUGAUGGUUAUUUAUUUUAUUUCUCAACCCUGAUAUGCAGACAAGUCACGUAAGCCAUCCUACCAUCAAGACAGUCUGCGGUAGUUGCUCAUUUUGAGGGAGUCAAUCCUGCUUUCUUAUACAUCCUCUCCUCUCCACCGUAACGCUCUACACCUCCAUCAUCCUCACAACUCCACUCCUCCAUCCUCUCCUACUUGCACCUCCAUUUCCGGCACCUCCAUCACCCUGUGGUCGUUAUUCUUCCUCCACCACGGCAAGCCUUCCUUCCACAUCUCCGCUGAGUCAUCUCCACCACUCCCUCCUCCACCACCAAGAAUAAGAAAGGGACAGACUAAGCCGUCAUCGCCGCCGCCGCCGCCGCCAAAUUGAGAGGCGCCACUAACUCCACUCACCAUUACUUCACUACUCAGUUUCACUACUCUUCCACUGCUCCUCCACUACUCCCGUGCUUCGUCAGGACUGUGUGGCAUCGUUUCCCAGCGCGCGCGGCUCCCGGUUGUCCAAAUAAAGCAAAAGGAAAACUAGAUAUUCUUUGCUUUUUCUUCUUCUUGUGAUUUUUAUUAUUGUAUUUUCUGUAUGACUUUGGAACCUUAGCUAUUUCCUCCUCCCCCUCCUCCUUUCGUCCACCUCUUUCUUUAUCUUCCUCCCUUAUCUUAUUUCCCUCCCUUCACACACACACACACACACACACACACACACACACACACACACACACACACACACACACACACGAAAAGUCCGUCUCUCUCACCAACCUAAUAAUAAUAAUAAUAAUAAUAAUCAUAAUAAUAAAGACGGUGGACUUUAUGGAAUAUAUGAUGUACUAGUAACCCGGUGUUUGUUUGUUUGUCUGUUUGUUCCCCAAUAUCGUGCGGGGGGUCUGUGAGAGGAGGAUGAAAAAAUACAAAUAAAUGAAGAAAUAAAUAAAUAAAUUACCCCCCCGAGACCUUUAUUAUUUUUAAGUCGAACCUCACCCUGCCCUUCCCUUCCCCUCCCCCCUUACCAAUCCCCUCCCCCCCCCCCCACUCCGACAACAACAACAACAACAACAACAACAUACAGUGAAUGAAGAUGAUGACUGACAAGGAAAAGAAAUAUAACAAACCGAAAACAAAAAAUAAAGAAAAAGAACGAAGAAAAAAUGAGUGACCAAAAGCAAGCCUCAAAAAAUAAUGAUAAUGAGUUGAAUUUAAGAAGAAAAAAAAGUGGGUAGAGGGAGGGAGGAGGAGGAGGAGGAGGUGAAAAGAGAGGAGGGGAGGGGAAGGAGGCAAGAGGAGGAAGAAAAAAAGAAAAAAAGAGGGGGGGAACAGGACAAAGGCUCAGAAAAUCAGUCAGGCAGUCAGUCAGUCAGUCGGUCGUUGGUCAAUCAGUCAGUCAGUCAGUCAGUCAAUGUGUACUUUUAAGGCGCCCGGACCCUGCACGCACGCUCUCCCUUCGCCCUUAUGCACACCGUCAAUAAAGGUGAUUUUCCCCUCAAAGGCUGGAUAUA